UAUCUGAACAGCUUUAUCUUUGUGUUUUAUCAUGUGAUACACAUUGAUGUACUAAUAUUCGCUAAUUAAAUGUCAACUCAUAUUUUAUGUAUAUAUCUACUUAUUCCAAAACCUAAUCCCUACGCUCGCUAUAGAAUGUUUUUGGACUAAAUUUCAAUGCUUAUGAUAAGAAAGGAUUAUAUGUUAAUGUAAAGAAUAUAACUAUUAUUCAUUAAAAGAUACUGAAAACUAAAAUAAUACAAUAUAAGGUAGGAUUGUUCGUACCAGGAUAUCACAAUGGGUUUGAGAGCAACAUUUUUGCUGUUUUGUCUAGUAACGUAUGUAACGUAUAUUGCGUGUAAGGACUGCACAUUAGAUGACGAAUGCUCGUGUUCAAUGGAUGAUGGCAGUGGUAAAGUGGACCUAACAAGUCUUGGAAAUUCAGAUAAUACGGCAAAGUUUAAAGACGUUUUGUUUAGUGACGAGGGAUAUUAUUACUCGUACAACCCGUGCGGAGGUUUCGAUGAAGGAGAUUGUUCUAACGCCGCAGUUUGUGUUUCAAAUCAAGACAAGUCUGAACAACAACAGAUUGGAGACGCUUCUAGAGCAGCUUUUAAAUGGGAUGAUGAUAGUAACAAUGUUAUUGCAGCUUAUACGUCAGGCAAAGGUGUUCUAAGGUUGUCAACAGUAAAUCUAAUAUGUGAUCCAAAUGCGUGUACGCCAACAUUCCAGCCAGAAGGUGAACAAGGAGCCGGACAAUUUGAAAUGACGUUGACGACAGUAUGCGCAUGCCCAGGCAAAUGUGGGCCGAAUGGACCUACGUCUUGCUCAGGAUCUGGUUCUAGCGGGCUCAGCGGCGGAAGUAUACUUUUAAUAGCAUUUUUCACCCUCGUUGUCAUUUACUUUGUUGCCGGUAUACUAUACAUGAAAUUCAAGAACCAAGCGACAGGGACAGACCUGAUACCAAAUAAAAGUUUAUGGACGAGUAUUCCGAGAAAUGUUGUGAAUGGAAACAAAUUUGUGAUCAGUAAAAUUACAAGAAAGCCUACGACGUAUGACCAGAUCUGAUUGGAUUAAAGGGAAACAAAAACAAUGAGUUGGAUACUGUUAGAAUAACCAGUCAAUAUGAUCUAAAGGCCGCCAUAUUGAUACAAUAUAAUGAUAUUUUAAACCUUCUAUAAUUUAAUUAACGUGCAAUAAAUAAUAUUUAUUUGUUAAUUCUAUUACGGUUGUUUAUAUUUUGGGAUAAAUUAUGUAAAAAAAUAAUAAUGAAUAAACGUGGGAUUGUUUAGUA